AAGAUUCCAUUCUUUCAAAUAUUUAUAGUUGUUUUUUUCUUAGACAUAAGCAGUUUGAUUUAUCGGGAUUGUUUGGGCAGAGAUGGGCAUAACUGGCAAGCUUGUUAGAAGCGUCUUCUCCAAAAGCCAGAUGCAUAGCCAUCAAGGGAGCAAUGGUUCAGAAAAAAGGAAAUGGAGUAGCUCAGUGCGGUCCUACUUAUGCGGCGAGGAGCAUAGCUCACUCGAGGACUCCGCCUCCACGGUGGCGGAGACGGAAUUUGCUUCAUUUAGAAGCAAUGUGGCAACGGACAAGAGUACGAGGGGCAGCCGGCCAGAGGAGGAUACGGCUUCUGUGCGUAGCUCUGAGGCCACGGUCAACCAGCCGGCGCCGAGUUACGACGACAGAAAGGGGAAGGAAAACUCAACCUACAAACUCUUCCAGCCAGAAGAUGCUGCCUUCAUCAUUCAGUCAGCAUUUAGAAACUUUAUGGCAAGGCGUGCUGAGAAACAUGGCGCCACGAGCCCGAGUAGAGAGUCUGUAGGCACAUCACUGGAAGUUCAAACUGCCAAUUCAUCUCACAUUUUUUCUAUCAAGGACGAAAGAGACGACGUCUGCCAUCUUCUACGUCGUCCAACUCGAGCUCAAGUGCUCAAAAUCCAGGAGGAUUGGGAUGACAGCACUGUGAGCAGUGUGAUAUCCAAGAUGAGAAUGCAGAACAGGCUUGAAGCAGCAGCUAGGCGCGAGAGGGCUCUCGCCUACGCUUUCUCACAACAGCUAAGGAUCUGUUCGAAGAAGCACAGCAGCGGUGAGGAGUCGAACAUGGGGUGGAACUGGCUGGAGCGAUGGAUGGCAGCGCGAGAGCCCGAGAUGAAGCUGAUAGCAGACGACACGAAAGCAAUGGUAAGGAAUGCAGCAGUGUUGGAGGAGAAGGAGAGCUGUGGAUCAAAUGAGGUUUCUUCACUAUUUGAAUUCUCUAAUUCUCUCCCCAAGAAUCUUCCAAAGCCAACCAACAAGCCUAGGAAUCUAGCUAAAAGAAGCUUCUCUAGGCAGAGCUCCACAUCAAGCCAUUUGACCCCAAAAGAAUCAAAGCAGGAUGUGAAGAAAGUGAUGUGGCAUGUGGAGGAAGAGAAGGAGAAGAGAAAGAGACAAAAGCAGCCUGGAUUUAAUAAGAGAGACACCAAGAAUGUCACUGCUAUUGAAGUAGCAUUUCAAUGAUUGAAGUUGGAGUUAAUCAAUUUGUAUAGAUGUAUAAUGUAUGGUUUGUAUCUCGAUCGCCCCUUUAAUUUCUUGUAUAUUUUGUCGUUUGCUCAAUAAUGAUGGGUAAAUGAUCGAUUAGAACUCGCGUAUCAUCAUAUUUCUUUAAUGUUGUCGGUUGAAAUAUUUGUUGUCUACGUGCAAGAUUAAGCACGGCUAGCA